AUGGCUUCUACUGUUGAACUCGCAUCAUCAUUCAUUGAGGGAGCUCCUCCGGGCGAGCUCGCCGACGUUGUCGCUGAUGUCCAGGCCCUGACCGAGGGCGACGAUAUCCUUCCCUCUCUCGUGCCGGCGUUUGAACGAUACAAUGAGAGCCAGCUGGCGACGGUCAUCAUCAGUGAAUUUAAUAAGCUCGAGGACAACCGCUACUUCGAUACCGAAAGUCAGACUUCAUUUGAAGUUGAUCAUACCACACAAACUGCCUCCGCAGCGCAAUCAUCUCCGUUGGACUCUCAAAAUGCCGACUUGAUUAAAUCCUUGCUCAAGUCUUUGGGCAACCACGCCCGUGAACAUUACUCUAGCUCCUCAUAUGGAGUCUACCCCAUUGAAAACGAUUCAGCCGUUGCGAUUCUGCUGGUCGCAAAUCGCUAUUCGCCUAACAACUUUUGGAACGGUCGAUUCCGCGCUAUUUACACAGUCCCCGUCUCUUCCUCCUCUACAACCGUGACCGGCAAGAUCCACGUUGACGUCCACUACUAUGAAGAUGGCAAUGUAGCCCUCAACACUAUCAAGACCAUUAACGUAUCCGUUUCCUCGGUCUCUGCCGAGUCAAUUAUCUCCCGCAUCGCUUCAGCCGAACGUGACUACCAGGAGGAACUGAACCGAGCUUUUGUCGGUAUGUCUGAGGGGGCUUUCAAGGGUCUUCGACGACAGCUUCCUAUCACCCGACAGAAGGUUGAGUGGGAGAAGGUUGGUGGAUACCGAUUGGGACAGGAUAUCUCUGGCGGCAAGGGCCGGUAA